UCGGGGGCGGGGCGUCCCCGGCCGGGUCCCUCCCCCGCCGCCCGCCCGCUCCGGCUCCAUUGUCUGCUCGGCUCUGAGCGGCGGCGGCCCCGGGGCUGCGGGGCCGGGCUGGCGGCCGGAGCGGCGCCCCCUGAAGCCUGCGCCGGGAGCAUGGGCGCCGGCCGCCCGCGAAGCGCUCCUCUGCGGGGCCCCGCGCGGCCCGCGCUCGCCUGCCUCUGGGUGGCCCUGCUCGCGUUGAAGACCGUGCGAGGGAGUGGGGACACCGAGCCCCCUGACCCUGUCUACCUGCCGGCCACUCUGGAGCUCUUGGAUGCCCCGGAGCACUUCCGCCUCCAGCAGAUCGGGCGCUACCCUCCCGCCAACUCCUCCCUGGGCUCCCGUUCCGAGAGCUUCCUGCUCCUGCACCCUCGGCCUGGGGCCCAGCCCCUGGUCCGGGCAUCCUACCCACCCUUCAGCGCCCAGCAGGCCGUGCCAGCCUGGGCCACAGAGCCCAGGGCUCCGCUGGCCGCUUGGGACGUUCGGGCUGUGUCGGUGGAGACUGUCCUCACCCCUGUGGAGCCCCAUGCCCGGGUCCUCUUCUACCUCAAAGGGCAGGACUGGCAGCCCAGCCCCCGAAAUCUGCCCUGUGCCCGGCUUCAUGCCAUCCACCCCCUGGGCACCAUACACCGGGCUUGCCGCUUCCAACCAUCCCUGGGGGCGUGUGUGGUGGAGAUGGAGUUCCCGCGGCGCUGGUUCUCGAGCACAGCCACCACCAAAGCCGAACUGGCCUAUACUUUGGAGCCGGCGGCCGAGGAGCCCGGGCAGUGCGCCCCGGCGGGGGAGGGGACCCCUCCAGCCCAGCCCCUGCCCGUGGGCUGGGUAGAGAUCCAGCAGGCAGAGCCCCCUCGCCAGCAAGAGGUGCCCCUGGACGCCGCCGUGCGCCUUCGAGUGUCUGAUGCCGCCGUCAGGGCCGGGCAGCCCUUCAACGCCACCAUCCUUCUGAGGAACAACUUCACCGAUGGCUCCUUAACGCUCUGGAUCAAGGUGAAGAAGGGGCUGCAGGUGACAGCCGCCCGCCCCGCCCACCCCGCCCUGUGGACCGCCAAGCUGGAAAAACUCAAGGGCUCCAAGCAUCCCACUCUGCUGGUCACCUGCCAGCGCACGGGGCCGGGGCCGGACACCAGCCUGCCUGGAUUCUCCGAGUUCCUGUGGGUGGACUUUGUCGUGGAGAACGGUACAGGAGCCACGUCGUCCACCCGUCCGGUCACGUGGCAGCUGGAAUACCCGAGCCAGGUCCCCGAGGCCAAGAAGGAGAAGAUGGUGUGGGAAAUCCUCGUGUCCGAACGGGAUGUGCGGGCCCUCGUCCCCAUGGCAAAGACCGAGGAGCUGGUGAACACCUCCCCCCUGACUGGCAUUGCCCAAAGAGUGCCCAUCCGCCUGGUCACCGUCGCGACGGGGGGAGCUGUGGCGGAGGUCACCGAGCAGGUGGGCUGCGAGUCGGCCAACACGCAAGUCCUGCAGGUGUCGGAGGCCUGUAGCGAGGUGUUUGUGGAAGGCAAGGAGAGCCAGGGGAACCGGGGCGUGCAAGUGGACUUCUGGUGGCGCCGGCUCCGAGCCUCCCUGCGGGUGACCGUGUGGGCCCCGCUGCUGCCGCUGAGGAUCGAGAUGACGGACACCACUCUGGAGCAAGUCCGAGGCUGGAGGGUCCCCGGGACGGCCAGCGGCGCCCCCAUCGAGCCCGAGGAAGGAGGCGAGGAGGCGGACCGGCGGGCCCGGAGCUGCCGGCUGCAAUACCAGCGUGCUGGCGUCCGGUUCCUCGUCCCUUUCGUUGCCCAUCCUCAGGAUGGAGGUCGCCAUCUUACUUAUCUCCUGGGCCCCGAUUGGCUACUGGAUGUGACUCAUCUCGUGGGACCCCACGCCCGUGUCCAAGACCCCCGCGUGGCCACCCUGGAGGCUGGCAGCGUCCUGGUUGGCCGGGAGCCAGGGGUUACUUCUCUGGAGGUCCGUUCGCCAGUGUCCGACUCCAUCCUGGGAGAGCAGACCCUGUCCGUGACCGAUGAAAAGGUGUCCGUGCUGGAGCUUCGGGUACAGCCGGUGAUGAGCAUCUCGCUGGCCUUGAGCCGGGGCACCGCCCACCCUGGGGAGAUCACGGCCACGUGCCGGGCACACACAGCUCCGCCCGGCUCCAAACAGGCGCUGGCCUUCUCCUGGCUCCCUCCGCCACUCCCGGCCGACUGUUUGACCCGGGACCGGCUUGGUCUCCCCGAGCGGGCCUUCCCGGCGGCCGCCAGGACCGGGGAACUCCGGGGGGGCGUGGUCUUUGUCUCCUACCCGCGCAAAAACCCCCGGCCCCGGGGGGCAUCCCCGGCCCCACAACUGGGUCUGGCUGGGCACCGACCAGGAGGCUGA